AAUGAACACUCUUUGUCUAAACUUGAAGUUCGAGACCCCGAGUCCUUGACAUCACUCCACUCAGCUGUCGACCCGUGAGCUGUUUGGAUGAAGGAGUUUGUGUUUUCGUUCUUGUCAGGUUUUGGUUUCGAACCUUCGUACAGAUUUAGAUGCAGGAUUUUCGUUUAUCCAGCAGAGGCUGAUUGUGAUAGACUGUCAGUUUCAUUCUCUUUAUCGAUUCCAUAUCGCCUAUUUGACCGAUGUCACGCGACACUUUAUCGAUACUUUACUUUCGAUACUGAUCGAUUUUCGGGAAGCGAUUGCCUUUGCUGCGAAAAGAAAAUAUUUCGUUUGGUAGCUAUUGUAAUAUUUAAUAAAACAAGUUUUACGCGGCAACCCUGACCUCAGAGCAAGGAUAUGGAAGUUUGGACCACUUGUCGAAUAAAAAAUAUAUAUAUAAUUAUGAAAGUUGUGUUACCUGUUUUGGGCUGAAGAGGAAUACCUUACAAUUCGUUUCCAUCGUCAUGGCAACAACGAGUCUAAGAGCUUUUCUUCUCAGCGAUGGGAACCUAAAAUACGGGAUAAAAAUUGAAAUAUAUUUAUUAAAAAUGUUUCUUACAGUCAUUUAUUGAUUUUUUUAAUACAUGCAUGCGCAUGCUGUGUGUUCCUGCCAAUGGAAUUUGUGUAGUUUAUUUCUCUUUGUGAGAAUGCUCAGUCAACACUGGCCAUGUUUGAUAGACUUGUCGAUUUUUCAUCGAUAUGUGAUUAAGAUGAAAUAACAGACAUUGGACCACCGCCAAAAAUCUCAGAUUCUCAUGGUAACUAACGGACUGCUGUGACAGGACACAAUAUGGCUGCGGGGUACCAGUCCUGCUAGUUAGCAUUGAUUAUGCUGGAUAUAGGUCGUGGUUUGUGAUAGGCUGAUAGUCGGGACCCCUGCCGUGAUGAACCAUCGUUGAAGAGGUCGGGUUGCGGCCGGCUACAUUCUUGUUUCGGUUGAGACCACAGUCGCAAGCUCGCCGGUCGAGCAGUGAUCGAAACCUCACCAAUCGUCCAAAACUCUCGGUUCUCAAAAUCAAAAUAGUUUUCGGCGACAUUUUGAGCGGAGAAAUAAACUUCUUCCAUGCAUGUAAUCGAAUUUGGAUGCUAUCUGACGUUUGAAAUGGUCUGCACAUGAGCUCAUCAAGUUGAACAGUCUAAAAAUACGAGGAACACAAUUUCUUCAAUCCAUCUAUUUUGCUCCCGAGUUUCGGCAAGUACGGUUCAAUUUCCUCUUUGUCAAAAUGAAGAUUCUUUGCUUUGUGUUCUUCGCAUUACUUCUUCUCCUGCUGCAAGAAUUCACCGUCUCCCAAGAUGCUGAAAAUAAUGACAAGGCGAUCGAGCCUCCAGCAGAAGAAUGCAGUUGCGAGGGGGUGAUUUGUGAGCCGGUCACCGAGGAUAAGUGUCCACACGGCCUGGUGGAUGAUACAAGGAACCCGUGUCGAUGUUGUCAACGAUGCGGCAACGGGGAGUACGAGUUCUGCGAUUCCGAAGAUAUUUCCGUCAAGGAACUCGCUGAGAAGAAACACAACUUUGGUCUGUGCGGGAAAGGGUUGACUUGCCGGGCUAACUACGGAGUACCGGUAGGGGCCAAGCCCGAGAUGAUCUGCUACUGUAGGGAUGAAGGGAUGGUGUGUGGUUCUGAUGGGGUGACGUACGAGACGGAGUGUCGGAUGCAGAAGAUUUCCUUUGAGACGAGCCGAAACAUUGAGACGAAAAAAACGGGAAUGUGUAAAGGAGCCCCCACAGUGGUAACACCGCCCAAUGACGUCACCAACUCAACCGUAGGGAACGUGUAUCUCCAAUGCGAAGUGAUGGGCAACCCCGUCCCCAGGGUGGAGUGGCGUAAGAUCGGACCUGACGGCCCCGGCGACUUCCUACCCAGCGGUGACAGCGGUAGCGAACGGGUGACCAUUCAGACCAGGGGCGGUCCUGAAGAGUACGAGGUUACGGGCUGGCUGCAGGUCAUGAGGCUCGAGGUUGAAGACGGCGGCGAGUACGAGUGUGUGGGGGUGAAUAAGUUUGGUCAGGACAGCGGAAGGGCCAGCAUUGUAGUUGUGGAGAGAGCUCAUCCAAUAGGAACAGCCGAAUAAUUACCGUAGACAUUCUGUUUAUGUCUCAUGCGCCCUCUCUUGACAAAGGACUGAAAAUAACAGGCAGCUUGACAAGGCCCAGAGCUCACAUAUUAUGCGAAUAUCGUAUGCCCUAACUUUGUUUGAUUACAAAAAUACAAGACCUGAAGUUAUAUUAGCUGCCAGCAUAAAAAAAACCGUGAAUUUUUUAGAUACAAAUGGCUAGCUGUAUUGGUUUUAUAUUCAUUUCGUUUUAUGUGUUUAUGUUACAAUUUACAAACUAGUGAUCAAAUGCUGCAACUAGUUUAGUGCAUUGCAUAUAGGCUAAUCAUACAAUGGCGAUGUAUGAUUAGAAUAAAAUUGCAAACGGUGCAGAUUAAAGUUUGACGUGAUUAAGAAAAGGCAAGUCUGGUAUUGUUCAAGUCAAAAGAGGGCGCCCUAAAAGUUGCAAACUCAAGUUGCAUCUUUUUAUAAAAGCUUAAUCAUUUUAUAAUCUGAAUUGUUACCAAACUUGUGCUAACAACAUUUGUUAAAAAGAAAUGUACUUAACAAUCUCGUACCAAAGCAUAUAUGUUUAAUACGACUAUUAUUAUAAUCCACACAAAUUGUGAUGGUGAAAAUGUGCUAUAUAUCCUUUGUAGUUUAUGUAACACUUUAGUUGACUAGUACAUUACUUUUGUAUACUCAAUUCGUGGAAACGACUCCACUGUACUAUUUUAACACGAAUAAGUUGGAAGAUUAACAGGGGGACACAGUGACGCAACUAGGGACAAACUUCUUGGGUGGGGGCGCCUGGGGUGCACACAUUUUUGCAAGGGGGGGGGGGGUGCACUCAAGGCAAACGGUAAUGUAUUUCGUUCAGUUCAAUAAUUGUUCAAUUUUCUUUACGCAAAAAUUUAAACAAACAUUUGAUUUUGUAAAAUGUUAUACAUCAUAUAAAUCAUUUGGGUUAAAUUUUGAAAUUGACUGUUUUUAUUGUCGCUUUCAUCAUUAUUUUUUUUGAUACCGUGCCUGGCCAAGGCUUAUCACAAUUCGAUAUCUGUCUACAAAGAUUUAAUACUCUGUAAUGGUUUGUAGUGUUGUAAGUUUCAUUUAAAAACUCACGUUCGAACGGAA